AUCUGGGAAACGGAAGUGCCCCCUUUGUUGUCGCGAUACUUUGACUCUAAGGCGGGAGGUUCAAAACAUUUUGUAAAAGAAGAAAAAAAAACAGGAUAAAUCAGCCGUAAUGGCGUCUCGGCCAAAAACGAACUGGUGCUAUCAAAAAUUUCUCAAUAAGACAUUUGAAGGUGGCAGUCUGGACUCCUCCACUGCUAAAGAAAUUCUUUUCGGUCACGAUAACCAUGCGGAGGAGGAAGACGACGGUUAUGACGGACCCGUUGUCUUCAUCUGUGCCAAGUGUAGGCUGCCUGUUGGGGAUUCACUUUCAUGGGACGGAAGUGAAUACGAAGAAAACCAGAUAAAACUGAAACGAGUUACCGACAACGUUCAAGUUGGAAAAGAGCAUCGUCUGUUAGAAGUAGGAAAGCGUUCCCUCUGUAUAACUCUAGAUCUCAUCUGUCGGGGUUGUCACGUUGUUCUUGGCAUGGUUUUCACUUCCACUCCCAAACAGCUGGACCACAAAAGGUUUACGUUCUGUUUCAACGUAGCAGACAUUGACAGCUAUGUGCUCGGCUCUGCAAACCAGAUGAUGGCAGCAGAGGGCUCAGAUGAGAAACCAGUUACGCUGGAAUACAGGGGCUUUGUUGAACAACAGCUAUCAGAGGAGAUUUAUCACCAUAAUUCACUGUCGACCAUCGGUGCACUGCAACAGGAUUAUGUUAAUGUUUGACCAGAUGAAAAUGCUGGUGGUGUCUAUGGCGCAGAGGCUGGAGGAGAUCGAAGGUGGCCUUCAGGAUGGAUGUGAUGAGGCCUGACACUGAUGGAUGCCCGCCCGCUUAUCAGAGACCGUGUUUGUCCACGUGUUAACGCACAGUUCCUGUGUUUGAGCUCUUUGUCCUGUAUGGUUUACAUUAUUCCUUCCCACCUGAAAUUCCACCUCAUUCCUUCAUGGGUACAUUUUGUUCCACAGCCUCACCUUGCUCUCGUCCCAAGUACAACUGCUGAAACAAAGACUGCCGGCACUCGUAAUCAAUCAUCUUGCCAGCUCGCCUCUCGUGGCACCGCCGUCUCUGUGGGUCUUUGUAUGUGUGCCACGGGAAGAAUGUUUAUUUGUGCAGGAUUUCAUCAUGCAGGCUGCACACUCAGCACAGUGCAGUAUUGAUCUUUCACUUCGCGGCCACACACACUUCUUCUUCUCUUAUGUCUUUUCAACGGAUAGUGUGGAAUUUUCCCAUUAAAGCAAAUUCAAAUUUGCUGAAAUCCCAAAGAACAUGUUAUUUUGGGGUGGCUGAAAUAUUAUUUUCUGUUUAAAAAAAAAAAGGCAAUUGUAUCAUUUCUUUUUUGUGUGAUUUCAUGUAUUUUUACGUAAUAAAGUGUCACCUGUUCCAUAAUAAAAAA